AGAUGAAAUUACGAAUAAAGUAAGGUGAGAAAGUGAGGGAGAAACAACGUCCACUCUUAUCAAUACACGUGAAGAAAUAGCGAAAAUGAUUAAACCGAAAUUAUAGAGUUAAACCUUUAAACUCUCUCAUAAACUUGUGGAUAUCCAAACAACCAUUCCUGGCUUUAAUUAUGUUGAAAGUUUGAAAAAGAAAAAAGACCCGUCUCUAUUUUGAAUUGAAAAUAACAAGAUUAAAAAAUUGGUGCAGAAGGAGAGAUCCACCAACUCUCCCCUGAGUAUUUUACUUUCAUACCUUCCUACCGAUUCCACACACACCUACUCUGUAUUCCCACCAACCCAUGUAGUAGCGUCUCUAUUUUACCCGACUGUUCUCCAUUGUCAUCAUUUAUUAGCUCUUGCCCACGAAUCUUUUCUGGUUAAAAAAACAUGCCGGCAGCUGCCUCUUUUUCUAUUCAGCCCACAUCAAGAAUUGGGAACCAGCCUCAGCCUAAAUCUCUCGCAAAUGUUGCACUCACUUCCAAUUCACUUUCUUUCUCAUCCCAACUGCAGACAUUCUCCCUCAAAUCGCUAUCUACAACAAGGCAACUGCAUCCUCAAGGAUUUAGUGCAUCGGUGAGAGCAGAGAUAAACUCGGACACGAUGCAGGUUGAUAUCUCGUUGAGCCCUAGAGUUAACUCCUUGAAGCCUUCAAAGACGAUGGCUAUCACAGACCAGGCAACUGCACUUGUACAAGCCGGUGUCCCCGUUAUUCGACUAGCAGCAGGAGAACCGGAUUUCGACACUCCAAUUCCAAUUGCUGAGGCUGGGAUUAAUGCAAUUCGUGAAGGGUUCACUAGGUAUACUCCUAAUGCAGGCACAUUGGAGCUCCGCACAGCUAUUUGUCACAAGCUUAAAGAGGAGAAUGGAAUAUCCUACACACCCGAUCAGAUUUUGGUGAGCAAUGGUGCAAAACAGUGUAUUCUUCAGGCAGUUCUUGCAGUAUGUUCCCCUGGAGACGAGGUGAUUAUUCCAGCUCCAUUUUGGGUGAGCUACCCAGAGAUGGCAAGGUUGGCCGACGCUACCCCUGUAAUUCUUCCUACGAGCAUAUCUGAAAAUUUCCUUCUAGAUCCAAAGGUUCUAGAGUCCACAUUGACUGAGAAGUCGAGGCUGUUGAUUCUUUGCUCCCCAUCCAACCCGACAGGGUCUGUUUACCCCCGUAAACUGCUUGAACAGAUUGCUGAGAUUGUAGCAAAGCAUCCCAGGCUUCUUGUUAUAUCCGAUGAAAUCUAUGAACAUAUCAUUUAUGCCCCAGCAAGUCAUACAAGCUUUGCAUCUUUGCCAGGCAUGUGGGAUAGAACUUUGACUGUCAAUGGCUUUUCAAAGGCGUUCGCCAUGACCGGUUGGAGACUCGGGUAUCUUGCUGGUCCAAAGCACUUCGUUUCUGCAUGUGGGAAGAUCCAAAGUCAGUCAACUUCAGGUGCCAGCAGUAUAUCUCAAAAGGCCGGUGUUGCUGCUCUAGGAUUGGGUUAUGCUGGCGGGGAAGCAGUCGCGAAUAUGGUCAAAGCAUUCCGUGAGAGAAGAGAUGCUCUGGUCAAGAGCUUCGGAGAAUUGGGUGGAGUCCAAAUUUCAGAGCCUCAGGGAGCUUUCUAUCUUUUCCUCGAUUUCAGCUCUUACUAUGGCUCAAAGGUUGAUGGCUUCGGUGUCAUCAAUGGUUCGGAGGCCCUCUGCCGAUAUUUGCUCGACAAGGCUCAUGUUGCCCUUGUUCCCGGGGAUGCUUUCGGAGACGACACCUGCAUCCGCAUCUCAUAUGCUGAGUCUCUGCCAACUCUUGAGGCGGCCGUGGAGAGGAUCAAGAACGCGCUCGUUGCCCUCAAGCCCGCUGUCCCCGUCUAGGGUGGCUGCAGCAUAUGUUCAAGGAUGUGAAGUUUCUAAUUUGUUGUAACUUUAGUUGUUGGAUUCUAUUUCAAGAGAUCUGUACUUGCAUUGGAGUAGUGAAUCACAUUUCAUACUGGAUUCUUAAAAAAUAAAUAAUUCAGUUAUAUUUGUUGAA